GACAUCCUGCGAAGGAGAUCAGCGAUCUAUUCCCGCUCGAUGUCCGCUAUGGGUCCCAAUCAUUCGGUUGGACUACACCUGUCGGGCACAAUGCUUCAUGUCCCUAGAAUACUUUGGGAAGGGACACAAGCAACCAGGCAAACCUGGCCUGAACUUGUGAUUGCCCAAAGAUAACCUCUUACACACCGUAGCCCCACAAUCCAUCUGAGACACUGGGCUUGGGCCCAAGCUAAGCCUGGAUCUCGGGGCCUCUCAUUUGCCUCACCCCCUCCGACAGAAAGCUCAGGCUCCCCAGAGUCUGUGUGUUCCCGCCUUCCGCGAUCGACUCCAGAGUGGUCCUGUCUCUGCUUUCGGAAUCACCGUGUCCCUCAGGGACCAUUCUACUGCUCCGACUGAACCUAUCAACAGGCGGGGCACUCACCACCGAGACCCAGCCAGAGGAACCGGAAACGGCGGCUUGUAGAAGCUCAGGAAUAACUAAUCUCUCUGUUGCCAGGUGCGAUUCAGGUCCUCGGGAAGCUGCUCAAUUGGCCCAUUAAGGAGGGACCGCCGCCUCGGGAGUACGCUGGCCAAUCAGGAUGCAGGAUGGCUGGGGGGGGGGCGUCGCUUCCGGCGGUUUCCCUGCAGCUACUGCGUGGGGAGCAUGGGAGCGUGGGAGUGUUGUGGUGGCCUCCGCCUCCUUUGUCGCGUCUCGGCUGGGCGUGGCUUCACGCUGCUUCUGCCGGGUUGGGCGAGGUUGUCGGUGAGUGUGGCUGUUUCAGAGCUGUUUUGGAGAAAGAAGCGGUCAGCUCAGAUUCUCAAAGGAGCUUGAGGGCGAAGUGGAAAGGCCUGGCAGCGGAGCCGGAGACUCUCCACUCGAAGUGUUGUCCAGACGUGGGGACUUAAGGAGCCCUUCGUUUCCCCAGAUGGCGUCCACGCUCCCCACAUCCGAUGAGCAGGGACCACUGCUUUUUGAAGAUCUGGAUGUGUAUUUUUCUCAAGAGGAGUGUGUGAGUCUGCACCCUGCUCAGAAGACCCUCAGCAGAGAAGCCCCAUUGGAGAGUUUUGAGAAUUUGGACUCGAUAGGGGGGGAAGACCAGACUGAGAGCAGUCAGAAGUUGAGCCUCGAGCCUGUGAAACUUGAAGAGCUGUCCCUAGAAAAGGACUCCAUUGCUGCACCCCUUGUUCACUACUCUGAGCAAUCUGAGCAGGAUGAUGAAAUACAUGAAGACAAAAUGUCAGGUGGAACGUUGACUUGCAAGACCAAACUUAUAAGCCUCUUGGUUACCAUUGACAACCAAACCCCAUUAGUAGAAUUAUCUCAAUGUUUAGGAGUUAAAACACUUUCGGAUAUUAUUGAAGUUCCUUGGGAAGAAGCCAAAAAUGUGUACAAGUGUCCUGACUGUGACCAAAGCUUCAGUGAUAAUACAUACCUUGUUUUGCAUCAGAAAAUUCAUUUAAGAGAGAAGAAGUAUAAAUGUAGUGCCUGUGAGAAGACCUUCAGUCACAGAACCAACCUGAGGACACAUAAGCGAAUCCACACUGGUGAGAAGCCUUACAAGUGUGCCGAGUGUGCUGCCAGCUUCCGACAGCAGUCACACCUGUCUAGGCACAUGAAUAGCCAUUUAAAGGAGAAACCAUAUACAUGUAGUGUAUGUGGGAGAGGUUUUAUGUGGCUCCCAGGAUUGGCAGAACAUCAGAAGAGUCAUACUGAUAAAAAAUCUUAUGAAUGUGCUGACCACGACCAGGAAACAAAUCUGGCUUUGCCUGAAGAAAGAGGUUCAUCAGACACACCAUCCCAGCACACACACUGUGUGAAGACCUUGGAGCAGCCCUCAGACCCUACUCUCCCUGAGAAAGACCAUAAGGAGGACUCUAAACACUGCAGUAUUGAUGAUGAAGACUUUUUUUCAUUCUCCAGAUUUAAACCCUUACAGUGUCUUGAUUGUGACAUGACUUUUCCUUGUUUCUCGGAGCUUGUCUCUCACCAAACCAUUCAUGACCUGGAAAAACCUCAUAAGUGCAAAACAUGUACAAAAACUUUUGCUUUCGAGUCAGAGCUUGUAUCCCAUGAGAAGAGCCACAGAAGAGAAGAGCCUUUUAAAUGCACAGUGUGUGGGAAGAGUUUCAGUGUGAGUGUGCAGCUCGUCACUCAUAAACGAGCCCAUAGGAGAAACAGCAAGUAAAUACAAGCCUUUGCUCGAAUUGGGCUCUUCAGUGUCUGUGUGGGGGUAAACACUGCAGUGCACAGGGCACUGUGCUAAGCAAGCACUUCACACACAUUCCAUGGGAUGUUGCAGUAUUAUCACAUCUGAUUAGAUCUGAGGAGAUAAAUCAGUGUUACAUAGAUAGUAUGUGAAACCAGGAUUUGAACCCAGUUACUGACCAAAUUCCAUUUGUAUGAGCCAGGGAAACAUAAAACUGUAAAAUUCAGUUUUUGACUGCUGUGUAUGGUGGCUCACACCUUUAAUCCCAGCAUUUAGGCAGCAGAGACAGGAUUUCUGUGAUGUAAAGACCAGCGUAGUCUACAUAGUGUGUUCCAAUCAAACCAUGGCUACAUAGAGGGACUCUUUCAAAAAACCAAAAUAAUUCAGUUUUUGUUAAGAUGAAGGUUGUUUUACAAUUCUUUCUUUAAAAAUGUUAUUUCUAAGAAUAUUUUAGGAAGAGGAAAUUUAUUUUUUGCUAGUUCUAUUACAUGAUAUAUCUAGAAAAAUGAAUGUUUUUAUAUUUGUUUUUAUGCUUUUCUUGUUAAAGCUAUUUCAGUGUAAUGUUUGGGGUGUUUUUUUUUUUUUAUGUGAAUUUCUAGUUUAGGACUCCAUAUAAAGUUACCAAAUUUGCCAACUUUUUUAAAGUGUGUGUAGGGAGCAGGGAGGCACUUUUUAAAGUGUGUGGGGAGAGAGCCUCCCUGCUCAGGGAGCCCAGGCUGGCCUCAAAAUCAUCAUUUUCCUGUAUUCACCUUCCACGUGCUAACAUUACUGGUAUAUGCCACCAUGUCCAGGUAGUUAACAGCUUGAUGGCAGUCCACUUUCAGACUUGAUGGCAGGGAUAGGUCCUGACACUCUGUCGAGGUUAGACUUUGCAGGGAGUACCUGUUCCUUUCUAAGGGGGUUUUCCUCCAGACCCCACUGAAGCACAUUCCAGGCUGGUUAUGAAUGGUUAGAACUACUUUUUAGAGAGCAUGCUAAAUACUGUGGUUAUAUUAUUUUUUUUAAAUCUUCAAAAAAAAAAUCUGUGACUGUCCAUGUUUUAUAGAUGAACGGAAUCUUUCAGAGGGUAAAGUCCGUCUUUUGCUAAGCACAUUGCAAUGAGGCUGACAUUAAAUUCAGUGACACUGCACUACUUGCUGUUGGUGUUUGUGCCACAUGUUAAUCCUACUAAGAGACAAGGAAGCGGGGAGAGGGAGAGAGAGACAGUCCUUAUGGAGGCUGCCCUGGGACUUACUGCCUGGAGCCCAUUGGGGCCUUUGUUUUAUCCAGAGCUUUAUUUCAUUGCUCUUAAAAAGCCACAGAAGAUUCUACGGCUUCAUGCUUGAAUUCCUUGUCAGUAUAUUAAAUCAGAUUUGUUUUCAUUAAAUUAUAACUCUUCUUCUCCAUCUCCAAAGAAAAAAAAACAUAUAACAUUGUUGAGUUUUUAACCAAAAUAUAACAUCUUUAGAGAUACUGGUAUUACAGAUAAAUAUUAGAACAAAAUAUUGUCAUACUGAAAGACUCCAAAACUCCCAAAGGGAGGCACUUACUCAAGCCUCGGGUCAGCCGCGCACCCAAGAAGACACUG